AAAGGACUCACUCCCCGUUCGUCGCCUCCGCCGCUGCUCCACGCCGUCUACAAGAUGAGACUGGACACCUCCGCCCUCGACAACCACUUCGCCGCCGCCGGCAACGAGUUCAGCGGGAUCCUCUCCACCGACAACCUGCCCUCCCUCGAGUUCCCCGAGGUCGCCACCUGCAACGACUUCGAUGGGUUCCAGAAGGCCACCAAGGAGAUGCUCAACCACAAGAAGGGAACCACCACGCUCGCCUUCAUCUUCGACAAGGGCGUCAUCGUCGCCGCCGACUCCCGUGCCAGCAUGGGCGGCUACAUAUCUUCACAAACUGUGAGGAAAAUCAUCGAGAUCAAUCCCUACAUGCUGGGGACAAUGGCUGGAGGGGCUGCUGAUUGCCAAUUUUGGCAUAGAAACUUGGGUGUCAAGUGCCGGCUCCAUGAGCUCGCGAACAAGCGAAGGAUCUCUAUUGCUGGUUCUUCAAAGACAUUGGCCAAUAUCCUUUAUUCAUAUCGCGGGAUGGGUCUUUCAAUCGGUACAAUGAUUGCUGGAUUUGAUGAAACAGGUCCGGGCUUGUACUAUGUUGAUAGUGAGGGUGCAAGGCUCAAGGGAACCCGGUUCUCUGUUGGGUCUGGUUCUCUAUAUGCUUAUGGUAUCUUGGAUGAGGGUUACAAAUUCAACAUGCCAAUUGAGGAAGCUGCUGAGUUAGCUCGGCGGGCUAUCUAUCAUGCAACACACCGUGACGGUGCAAGUGGUGGCUGCGUUAGUGUCUACUACGUUGGCCCUGAUGGAUGGAAGAAGCUCUCGGGAGAUGAUGUCGGGGAGCUGCACUACCAGUACAACCCAGUUCAGGAAGCUUUUGUCGAACAGCAAAUGGCCGAGGUCCCUGCUGCAUGAACUUGAUCUGCUGCGAAAUGUGAGCUGGGCGCAUGUAUCCAGGGCCUGUGGACUGUGGAAGCACCUUGUUUAUGAACUCGGGCUUGUUUGUCUGCAUGACGUUAGAGUUCUCCUUUGAGACCCGCUGAUAUUCCUGGACAACUUUUAUGCACCUGUUAUGACAAUGUGAUUGUAGACUGGUGAUAUAGAUGUUUGCAUUUAAGUUUUAUUUGAAUUCUUUUCUCCA